CCUAUUGAGCAGCAGCGACAUUCGAGUGAGAGAGCUGCAGGUUUAGGAGAGCAGCAGGAUUUGGGGUGGCGCGUCUGUCGCUGUGUUGAGCUCAUCGGAAGCGUCGGUGUAGAGAUGGCAGUAAAACAGUAGCGGACUGCCGGGCCUGUGGGGAACCGAGGACCCGAACGUUCCUGCACCGUUGACUACAUGAGGAGCGCACAAGAGCGAGCAAGUGCAGCCAUGGGACACGGAGUGGGUUGAACCAAAGGGUCUAGCAAAACACAUCCAUUGUGUUCUUCAGGCUUCCCACUGUGGCGUGUGACAUGGCCACGACCUCAUCACGGGCAGAGACUAGCCAUAACCACCGACGCACGCUGCAGCUCAAUGCCAUUGUUUCCUGUGCCAAGCUUAAACGGAAAAAGACUAUUUUCGGGGCUGCCAUUUAUGUGGAGGUGACAGCAGAGGGAGAGACUCGCCGUACCGCAAAGUCCCACAGUUCCUCCAGCCCUAAAUGGGAAGAGAGGCUCACUCUGACCGUGACGCCACUCACACAAGUGGAUUUCAAAGUAUGGAGCCAUCACACGCUGAAAGCAGACGCUCUGGUGGGCAAAGCCACGCUGGACCUCAGUCAGGCGUUGGAGCGCCAUGACAGAAAACUGGAGAAUGUGAAAGAGAUGCUGAAUCUGAAUGUGGAGCAGAAAGGGGUUCUUGUGCCUGUGGGGGAUCUGACCGUGUACCUCGAUGGUCUGACUGUCACUGACCAGCCUGGACUGGAACCACUUACUAAUGGCAACACAGCAAAUGGCACCAAAGUCCAGCAGAACGGUGAGGCUCUUCACGAAAACGGGGAUUCAUCCUCUUCCUCUUCAAGGGCCGCCAACAGCACAGUGAACGGGACAGACUUGGGUCAAAGGUCAGGUUCCUGUUCAGCCACCAGUGGUGCGGAGGGUCAGGUGCCUUCCAGCUCCUGCAGCCCUGCUCCUGAUCACACCCUCAACGGGGACACCACACCCAACUCCACCCCAGUGCACCAGCCCUCGGACAGGGAGACGGAGACCAGACUAGUAAAUGGGGAAUCCGCCGAGGCUGUUCUAAGGGAACCUUCUGCAACAAGAGGUGACGCGCCGCCCCCUGUUGAUGACCACGAGGACUGCAAUCCAGAUGCUGAAACGGCCCCUGCGAGCACAUCUCAGCUAGCCUCCACCCCUUCUCCAGCCACCUCUGUUGCUGCUAAACCCGCCAACGGCACUGCUGCUUCCACUACACAUGCCUCUCCAGCCCAGGGGGCCACCACCGUCACAACAUCUUCAUCUUCGUCCUCUUCCUCUCCAGCCGCGGGUGACACAAGUGCUUCAGGAAGUGUGGGAGGCAGCAGUAGUAAUGGCACAGCUGUGACUACAGAUGGCGUGAAGCCCAGGCAGCAGACGCCCAACGCUGCAGCCUCAGAUCCUUUACCACCAGGGUGGGAACAGAGAAAGGACCCACAUGGGAGAAUGUAUUAUGUGGACCACAACACCCGGACGACUACCUGGGAAAGACCACAGCCCCUACCACCAGGGUGGGAGCGUCGGGUGGAUGAUCGGGGCAGGAUCUAUUAUGUAGACCACAACACGCGCACCACCACUUGGCAGCGUCCCACCAUGGAGUCUGUGAGGAACUUUGAGCAGUGGCAGAGCCAGCGCAGCCAGCUGCAGGGAGCUAUGCACCAGUUCAACCAGAGAUACCUCUACUCUGCUUCCAUGAUGUCUGCUGAGAACGACCCUCUUGGCCCGCUGCCUCCUGGCUGGGAGCGACGAGUGGACUCCAAUGAUAGAGUGUACUUUGUUAACCACAACACCAAGACGACACAGUGGGAAGACCCUCGGACCCAGGGGCUACAGAACGAGGAUCCUCUGCCUGAAGGCUGGGAGAUUCGCUACACAAGGGAAGGGGUUCGUUACUUUGUGGAUCACAACACCAGAACCACCACGUUCAGUGACCCCCGCACUGGAAAGUCCUCUGUCACCAAAGGCCCACAGAUUGCAUACGAGCGCAGCUUCAGAUGGAAGCUGGCUCAUUUCCGUUACUUGUGCCAGUCCAACGCUCUCCCUAGCCAUGUGAAGAUCACCGUCUCCAGACAGACACUCUUUGAAGACUCAUUUCAGCAAAUCAUGGCCCUGAAACCUUAUGACUUGAGGAGGAGGCUUUAUGUCAUCUUCAGAGGCGAGGAGGGUCUGGACUAUGGUGGCCUAGCUCGGGAGUGGUUCUUUCUGUUGUCCCAUGAAGUGCUAAACCCCAUGUACUGCCUGUUUGAGUAUGCUGGGAAAAGCAACUACUGUCUGCAGAUCAACCCAGCGUCAGCCAUCAACCCGGACCAUCUCUCCUACUUCUGCUUCAUCGGACGCUUCAUCGCAAUGGCCCUUUUCCACGGGAAGUUCAUCGACACGGGCUUCUCCUUGCCUUUCUACAAACGCAUGCUGAACAAGAAGCUGAUCCUUAAAGACCUGGAGUCCAUCGACCCAGAAUUCUACAACUCACUCAUAUGGAUCAGGGACAACAACAUAGAGGAAUGUGGUCUGGAGAUGUACUUCUCAGUUGACAUGGAGAUCUUGGGGAAGAUCACUUCUCAUGACCUCAGACCCGAUGGCGCCAACAUCCUGGUGACUGAGGAAAACAAAGAAGAAUACAUCAGUCUGAUGGCAGAAUGGAGAUUCUCACGUGGGGUCGAAGGUCAGACCAAAGCCUUCCUGGAUGGAUUCAAUGAGGUGGUUCCGCUUCAGUGGCUCCAGUACUUUGAUGAAAAGGAGCUUGAGGUGAUGCUGUGUGGAAUGCAGGAGGUGGACCUACAGGACUGGCAGAGGAACACUGUGUACCGCCACUACACCAGGAACAGUAAACAGAUCAUCUGGUUCUGGCAGCUGGUGAAAGAAGUGGACAAUGAGGUGCGACUGCGACUCAUGCAGUUUGUCACUGGAACCUGCAGGCUUCCUCUGGGCGGCUUUGCUGAGCUCAUGGGAAGUAACGGUCCUCAGAAGUUCUGCAUUGAGAAGGUGGGGAAGGACACGUGGCUUCCUCGGAGCCACACAUGUUUUAAUCGUCUGGACUUGCCUCCCUAUAAGAGCUAUGAGCAGCUGAAGGAGAAGCUUCUCUUUGCCAUCGAGGAAACGGAGGGAUUUGGUCAGGAGUAGAGGGAUGAGUCCACAGGCCCACUCCGGACCACCGCUGUUCACUCAGCCAAGAGAAACAAACUCAAACAAUUGCACAAGAUAACCACCAAUGUAAAUAAGCUAUUUUGUCAUCUAAAACCAAAUCUUAAUUUGCAGCGUAAUUCUUGUGGCGGUCCCAGGCUGUAUUAUAGAGUGCUCCAACAUGAAAUAUGCAAGCAUUUUAGCGUCCUGAGACGGUGGAUGUUUUUACGUGUCCUCCAUCAGCUGACCGGCGUUGGGUGUUUUUGAGAGGUUUCUAGUUCAUUUCAGGCUCUAGUUCUAUAGAGCCUUUAAAAGGCAAAAAGUAGGAAACUUGGUGCCUGAAGUCCUUUUUCCUGUCAGACCCGCAGUCAUUUAGGAAUUCAUGUGCGCUUGCAUGCUGCCCGUGAAGAUUAGGAGACUGCUGUGACUGCCGCCAUGGCAUGCACGCAGACAUUUUGGCAUGGACCGCUGAAUCUCCGAACGAGCUCGCCGUCAUACAAGGUUCGUCAUCAGUGGUUCUGAUCCGGAACACAGAACGUCGCUCGCUCCCAGUUAGGGUUUUCUCCCAGUGGUCCAGGACAACCAGUGGAUCCUUCUGCAGGGGCACAAACGAGUGCUCAAGGAAGAUGAUGUUCUAAAUCCAUUAGAAAGCAUAAGCCAUGUGUGUGUAAGAGUGUGUGUGUGGUUCUAAGUGAAUGCCAGAGAUGCGGGACAUGUUCCCGGCUACCUGCUUGCACACUGUGACGUAACAAACGAAGGGCUUCUGAAUGGCAUCAUACGAGGAUUCCACCUUAAUAAUCUGCAUUGUAACCCUGCAGUUUAGAAAAUGGCCCAAAGCAACAAUAAUUCAGUGGUCCAGUUUGUCCUGGAUGGGUGAGAAAGACUGUUUUAGUUUUAACAGGUGGCUCACACACCUAAUGAAAACGUUAAGACAUUAUCAUCUCAAACAGAUCUUCUGUAGUUGUGUCCAGGUGCAAAGAUCUCUUUGGUGUGGGGGGGAGAGAACCCAGAAGCCACGCCCACUUAUUCAGCCUUCUAGGUGGCACAGACUUUCCCAUCAUGCAUCUCUACUGCAGCCUGAUGCACCACAUCACUGUGUUAGUUUUAUACUUAAGCCUUAGUUCCCACUGAGCUUUUGUUUAUUCAAGUGGAUGUUCUCUUUGUUCUACGUGUCAUGUGGUUUAAAUCAGGCAGAGGACAGCAGAUCUCGUAGCUUCCAGCUGCUUCGGGCGAUGAUGUCCAUCCGUCCCGUAGAGGAUGCAUGUCCAGCUGAGCUGCAGGGAGGAGGAAUCUUUACUCUAGCAGGAACCUACCGUGUGUGUGAGAGAAUAUUAACUACAUAAAGUAAAUCAAGUACUUUAUUUAUAAAUCUGCGAUGCCUUUGUUCUUAUCAGAAAUUGACUGUUUCAGGUUAAUGUCAUAGCGGACAGAUCAGGACACACCUGGACAGCUGGGCUCAUUAAAAUCCACUCAUCGUUUUUAGAUUAACUCAUUUUUUUUAUUGCGUGGGUAAAUCUGUGACGUCAGCCACCUGAAACGCAUCCCAACUGUAACAUAUCACGUGUAGAUACACUGUAAACAGCAGCUACACUGUACAGAAUGCCCCUUUACUGGAGACGGUGUGUAUAGAAGAUUCAUUUUUAAUCUGAUUUCACCCAUUUUAAAUGGAGAGAGAUGGAUUCAUGAGCUCCAAAUAAAUAAGUGAAUAAACCCCCUCAA